UGAAAGGCGGUAGUUGCAGCCCGUUCGAUAUCAGGUGUUGCAACUUGUAUUGGUAGCUACAUCAUGAAUACGAUGGAUCCUGUAACUCAGAAACUCCUCGCUAAAACUGCACAAAGGCGUGCGGCUACUGCUGCGCGCAAGCGGUACGGAUCAGAGUCACCUGUUCUUCGAGCUCUUGCAAAAUUCGAACCAAAGCGGCGUUGCUUUGAAGAUGCCGCCGAAGUCGAGAAGGAAAAUGUUGCGACGUUAGAAUAUGCAGGUGAUAGUGCGGGCAAAGGUGACAAAAUUUGUGCGAACAGAAAUGUGGUCGGUUCGUCGUAUGACGAUCCUCGUCUUGAUGCAAAGACAGUAUACUCACAUGCUCAUCGAAAUCGAUGUAACAGUAAGCAAACUUUGCAGAAGACCAACGAAAUGCCGCCUAGUAGUAAUGCUAGUGAGGCUGACUGUGGAAAUGUAGGUAACGAGGGCGUGGUUACGGACACUCCAGAAGUUAUAGAAGCCACGAAACGAGCAGUGACACCAGAGCCCGAAGCAGCAGCAGUGUGUGCCAGACAGAUAUCCGAGCUCACAGAGGCGAUGAAACGAGUCAGACGUUCGACGUCAGAGACGAAUAUCAGUGAAGAUAGAGAUACGGGAUUGAGUCAUUCUGAGUAUACGAGCAGUGCUAGCACAGGCUAUGCUGCUGCAGAGAGUUUGAGUUCUAGUGUUGACGUCACAUCAGACACGUCCUCGCUAGCUAGCAACGACACAGAAUCAUCUGAUAGCGACAACAUGGUGUUUUCUAGUCGAACUAUUCCUAGAAGUAAAUCUAUAACCAUGAUGCUUCAGAACUCUGCUACAAGAGCCCGAUGCAAGAACGAAGUUAUCAAGCUGCUACUUCAAGAAUGUCUUGUGCAGCAAGACAUUGAGCGACAAGCUAGUCGGGCUAUAGAACACUGUGUAAAUACAGGAGAGCUAAGCGGAGUGACUGAACAACUGGAAGCAGAGCGUCUUCUCCGGAUAGCGUGUGAGAGAAGACAUGGCUGUUUAGCGAAAGUUGAGGAACUGCGUAUCAACGAGGCUUCUAGUUGCAGUAACAAGGCUCUGUUCCAACUACCUCCUUGCACAGCAGAUAUUACUCUAUAUGAUAUCCAAUUGCCCUUGAAUCCAGAAUUUCUUUCGAAAUUGAAGAACAAGCCAGAUCGCCACUGUCAUUCAUUUUUUUGCCUUAUUCGAUUAGAUGACAUCAGUGUUACUGGCACCCAUCUGAUCUCAACCAAUAGCCCAGAACAAAGCUACCAGGGCGGGUUAAAGUUUACCAACAAAGUUGUUUUACAUGGUGCAUCACCAAAUUUCAAGGUUGUUCUCGAAAUUUAUGGCAUGCAAACAUGCAUGUCAAAUCAAGAGUUCAAGGCUCUUCAUGGAGCUUCAACAAAGAUGAAGAAACUUCAGUCAAUAUUGUCUUCGGCUCGUCUUAACUCUCCAGUAUUAAAGAAAAAAUUUCAGGGACUUGCUGUUCAGGGUCAGUGUCAAAGUCAGCCUAAUGUUGCUAGCAAUGAACAUGGACUCUCUAGUGAAUUGAUUGGAGUGAGGGAAAGUCGGUUUGUUUGUUUGGGAAGAGUAGAAUUAUCAUCGUCCAACUGCAGAAUGACCACGUUUCAGCUGAGUGAUCUGCAAGGUGAUGCAUUGCUAGGACCAGUUCAUCUUAACUUCAGUGUUGAAAUUCACUGUAAUUUGCAGCAAAAAGGAUUCUUGACUCUUUAUGAUGGCUUAUUAUGGCAUCGACGCUGGGCGAAGUUGCAAGAUGGAGUCAUUCAGUGCUGGAAUGAUCCUGAAGAUGUCGACAAACAGGACCCUACAGAUGUCAUUUGUCUAAAACACCUUGAAGGUGGUAUCGCAUCACUGGCUACAAGAGAUGAAUGUGCACGACAACAUGUGUUUGUACUAUCAAGCAAUUCAGACAGGAAGCUGUUGGCUGCAGAUUCUAAAGAGGACUGUUUCCAGUGGAUAAGUUUGAUGACAGAGCUAUUGGAUGGUUUGGCUGUCUGGUCACCUCUUGUAUCUACAAAUUGGAGUGUCUAUACUUAAUUAAUUGAAGACAGAUCACCAUUAAUUUGUAUAUUGUUGUCAUGGAUUCAUGAGAGAAAUGUUUUCACAUACUGGACUUGUUAGUUUGAUAUGAACAGACUUCAGUGGAACAAUGUUUCAUGGACAGAUCCAGUUACAUGUUCUGGUGAAGAGCUAGUGACUGGUUUUGUGAGCACUGUGAUGUAUCUUGCUAGUUUCUCUUCUAAGUUCAUUAACUAUAGAUGGUUAACUCUUAUGAAAGAAGUUUGACAAAGCA